AAGAACCAGCUUUCUCGUCCUAUUUUACGCAUUUGAUUUGCUAUUUUUUAAACUUUUCUUCUAUUUGUUGUUGUUAUUUUUUUUCGAGCUAUUCGGUUUUUCUGCGACGUCCCACUGUAUCCAAUAAAUUUGCCGUAUUUUUCUUCAAAUUUCUGAACUGUUUUUUUCGAUCAUGCCGGUUUUCUCGUUAAGCCACCCUCCGCGAUUAGUUCGAUUUGUUUUAAGUAUUCUUUAGGUAAAGAUCUGUUUUUCUGGUAAUUUCUUCCUUGUAGGAUGAUUCCAGAUUUAUUUUGAACUUUUUAAAGAAAGAUUUGUAAAAAAAAUUUUUUUUUUUUUUUUAAUUUUUAGUGAUUGGAACUUCGGAUGUCGACUUUUUCCCCUUAAAGAUCGUAUCUUUAUGUGUUUUCUAUUUGAUGCUUUGUUCGUAGAUUAGUUUCUGACCUAAAUCUGGGUGAUUUUCGUGUGUUCUUGUUUGAACGGGCAUUCUGGCCUCUGGGUUAAAAGGCCUAUGGAUAAUUUGAUAGGAGCUAUGGCUUUAAGGUUUUCAAAGUAGGGGAGUGAUCACUUCUUCUAAUGUUAUCUUGUAAUGAUUUAAUAUUUCUUGAAUCGCGUUACUCUUUUUUGCAGUCCAAAUGGUGCUUUGAAUUCUUAUGCGGGGUUAGAAUACAAUAAGCACUCUGUUAGGGAUUUUGUUUCUGCUUACCUGCAUUGGUUUUGCAAAUAAAUCUGCUCAUUCGUUGCCUCUAAUAAUUUUUGCAUGAUGGGACUUUUGGUGGGCCAUUUUACUAACAUUUCUGUGGUGGUGCUUUGAUUUGUACCCAUAAAGGCAUUUCUUUUGUAGAUAUUUUCUUCGCUCAGAGUAUCUUUGUUUUAUGCUAAGUAUGCUUGCUAAAUGUUUGCUCUGCGUCCUGCUGUUAUCUUCCAUUUGACAGCUUGAUUUUUCAGAUGCCUAAAUUUUCUCAAGAGUUGAAUUCAGUUAAGUCAUGAAUAUCUGUUUUCACCUGCUAUUCCGCCAUUAUUUUAGUUAAUAUGCCCUGCUUGUAGUUGAUUUCAGUGACUUUCGGUUUCUACUCAGAUUGUUAUGUUAUUGACCGAAUGAGAUGUAAUUGUUGUGGUGCUCCUCCACUAUCAAUCGAUCUAACUGGUCAAUUUCCUUCAUUUUUCAGUCUUUUAAGACAUCAUGGUGUUAUCAUUUUAGAUUUCUAUUGAGUAGCUCACUGCCAGAGUGCUGUGAUCAUUACAAUUAUUAUUUUUAACUUUUUAUUUUUUGAGAGAAGUCAUUGUUUUAUGGAUCGGUUGGACAGUUUAUUCUAUAAUAUGUGCAGAAAACUUGGACUCCCGUAUUGGUUAUUAACUUGUUAAAUGAUCUAUUUAUCGCACCAUUUCAUGACCAAUAUUUCUGUCUUACAUCAUAUUCAAUAUUUUCGGAGAGCAGAUUGGAAGCAACUGGUGCUUAUGGAGGUUAACGGCCAGAGGAAAAUGAGGAGAAAAUAUUAUAUUUCUCGAGAGGGUAAUAAUGCAGUAUCUCUGUAUGAUUUUGGUGAAUUUGAUCCAUGGACAGCAUGGGCAUACAAGCCUCGCACAAUUUCUUUGCUACUUAUUGGCACCUGCCUUUUAAUUUGGGCAAGUGGAGCACUUGAUCCAGAAAGCACUGCCUCCAAUGAUGUUGUUACAUCUGUAAAGAGGGGUGUCUGGGCGAUGAUUGCAGUCUUUCUAGCUUAUUCGUUGCUUCAAGCGCCUUCAACGGUACUUAUUAGGCCACAUCCUGCCAUUUGGCGCUUGGUUCAUGGGAUGGCUGUUGUUUACCUCGUUGCUCUUACGUUUUUGCUUUUCCAGAACCGUGAUGAUGCUCGGCAGUUCAUGAAAUAUCUUCACCCUGAUCUAGGCAUUGAACUACCUGAAAGAUCAUACGGAACUGAUUGCCGUAUAUAUGUACCCGAGAAUCCCAAAAGCAGGUUUAACAAUGUUUAUGAAACAUUGUUUGAUGAGUUUGUUCUUGCUCAUAUUUUUGGAUGGUGGGGAAAAGCAAUAAUGAUACGAAAUCAACCCCUUUUAUGGGUUUUGUCAAUUGGCUUCGAAUUAAUGGAGCUAACUUUUCGUCAUAUGUUGCCAAAUUUUAAUGAAUGCUGGUGGGAUAGUAUUGUUUUGGAUAUCUUAAUCUGCAAUUGGUUUGGUAUCUGGGCAGGGAUGAGUACUGUUAGGUACUUUGAUGGGAAAACAUAUGUGUGGGUUGGUAUAAGCCGCCAGCCAAAUAUCAUUGGUAAGGUGAAAAGAACAUUGGGUCAGUUUACACCUGCAAGAUGGGACAAAGAUGAAUGGCGCCCUCUGCUCGGGCCUUGGAGGUUCAUCCAAGUGCUCAGCCUUUGCAUUGUUUUUAUGACUGUAGAGCUUAACACCUUUUUUCUCAAGUUUUGUCUCUGGAUUCCUCCUCGAAAUCCCUUGGUAGUGUAUAGAUUGAUUCUGUGGUGGCUAAUUGCAAUACCAACCAUCCGUGAGUACAACACCUACUUGCAAGACAGAAAGCCUGUGAAGAAGGUAGGAGCAUUCUGUUGGCUUUCCCUAGCAAUAUGCAUAGUGGAGCUUCUUAUAUGUAUCAAGUUUGGCCAUGGUCUGUUUCCCAACCCAAUGCCCCUAUGGCUGAUAAUUUUCUGGACAUGUGCGGGUUUGGCCCUUGCAAUUUUCCUGCUUGUUUGGUCGUGGCAAAUUCAUUGGACAGUGAUGAGAAAAAAGUUAUGAUCACCAUUGUAGUGUUCUCUUUUAUUGAUUCUUUUUUUCUUCUUUUUCUUAAUUUCACAACAUAUAUCAUGUACAUAUGCAUUACCUUCAGGUUCCGUAAAUGCCUUUGUCAUUGCUUAGACUGGCAGGCAGUCUGGCAUUUAGAGGAUAAAUUUUCCUCCCAUUUUUAGUUGCGGCAUUAUCUUUUCAAUGCCAGAUUCCUUUGUCCUUCAUCUUUGCUGCUAUUUUUGAAAGUUGAAACAUUGAAUUUGAUCUGAUGUAAUUUACUUAGUGGAAAAAAUGAGCAAAGCUCAAUUUAUCUUCCUUUUUUUAUGGAAUAAUCUGGUU